UCUGUCAAUAACUAUUUCCAAGUUCAAUUUUGUCUUUUUUUAAUUUUUGUUAAUUAAUUAAAAUACAUGAAUUAAUAAGUUAAAUGUUUAUAAAUAUUAAAUUAUCAUGGAAAUAAAUAUAACUUGGAAUAUUUGCCGAGUAUGUUUGCAGGAAGAAAAUAAAAAUGCCAAAGAAUCUAAUAACCAAUUUAGAAACUUAUUUAAUGAAGACAACAAAUUGGCUCAGCAUAUUUAUGAUUUUUCUGGGAUUAUGAUGAAACCAAAUGAUUCCUUGCCGGAUAAAAUCUGUUUGAAGUGUAUAAAAAUUGUAAAUAAUGCAGUGCAGUUUCGAAAAACGUGUCGUGCCUCUAAUAGUUAUUUACAAAACGUGUUGGAACGCACUAAAUCGGCUAGCUCAUUGUUUAAACCUGCUAUAAACACUAGCGUUGCUAGUGAUGAUGAAGAUGGAUUGGAGGAACAAAUGGAAACAGAGGCUGUUGGGGGAAAUGAUCAUUUCCAAGUAGAAAAGGCUAUAGAAAGUGAGUGCGAUAAGAAGAUUGUCGAUUAUUCUAAAGCAGCUCACAAACAGUCUGCCCUUCAAGAGAAAAUAGCUGAAAUGGUUGAAAGUAGGGAACAGAAUGUGGCAGACGAAGUGGUUAAUGAUACUGGCGUAAAUCUUGUAGAAGUGAUGGAGCAUUCUGAUGAUAUAAUUAACGAAAUCAUUGAUGAUAAUCCAGACAAAACUUUGACAAAUGCAAAACUUUUAAAAAAAGAAACUAAAGAAAUUUCAAAAAUUACCAAAUCUGAAACUUCACAAUUACAAAAGUUCUAUAUGAAUGCUAAAUUUACAAAAAUUAAAAAUACUGAAGAGGAUUUUGAAGAAUGUAAUGAACAGGACUUGAUACAGGCUGACUUAGCAGCGGAACAAGAAACUACAAAAGAAGAUCAAAAGGAGGAUGAUUUAUAUUAUCUGCUUAAAGAUAUUAAAAAUGAACUUGCCAACUGUAAUGAUAACCAGGAAGUCAUACAAGAAACAGAGGAACAAAGUCCCCAAACUGAUGAGAGUAUUGAAUAUUAUGCUAUUGAAGAUGAAGAAGAUAUAGAGGAAAAUAUUGAACAGGAAGUGGAUGAGGAGGAUGAUGAUGAUUUAAUGUUACAUUUUGAAACAAACAAUGAGGAUAAUCCAAACCAAGUUACUUCAACUGUCGAUACAAAUGAUGAGUCUGAAUAUAAUGAACAAAAUUCGAAUACUUCCAAUAUGAUAAGUGAUUUAGAGGAGGAAUAUAUUGUGGAUGAUAGUGUUAGUAAUUAUAAUAUAAUAUCUGACGCCGAAGAAGAAAUUAAAAUAAAAUCACUAGAUGUCUCUACUACGGCCGGAAACACUGGCUGUAUUACUAUGUCUUCUAGCAGACGUAAACCUAAUCGCUAUUUAGCUAAAGUUUCGGAUAGUAGUUCUACUACAGCUCGUGUUCAGCAGCAAGUUUGUGUUUGUGAAAUAUGUGGCAAUCAAUUUACCAAUCGGAAUCUUAUGAAUUUACAUAUGAAGGUUCACUAUCAGGAGAAGAAUCAUCAGUGCGAAUUGUGUUUCAAACGUUUUAUUACCGCCUGCAAUCUGCAAGCACACAUGCGCAUUCAUACGGGAGAAAAACCAUUUCAGUGCCGCUACUGUGGCAGACGUUUUAAUGAUCGUAGUUCUAGUUUAAGGCAUGAAAGGACUCACACCAAUGAAAAACCAUUUAAAUGUUCAAGUUGUGGUAAAACUUUUACUUUGGCUACAACUCUACAAAAUCACAUGAAAGUGCAUACGAAUGAAAGAUCCUACAGAUGUGAACCUUGUGGUAAAUCUUUUAAAUUGUCUCAUCAUUUAAAAACCCAUCAAAAUACUUCGUUACAUCGUUCGGUGGUUAAUUUAGUACGACUAGAAAAUUAAAAAUUUUAUUGUAAUUACAUGUAUUUUUAUAAAUUUUUAUGUAAUUUUUUUAUUUUUAAAAUAAAAUUCUACUUUGAAAUCUAAAAGCUUUUAAAAUGAUAAUAAAACUCGCUGUAUGUUAAAUAAAAUCGCUAAAUAUACAUACUGUUGACAUUUGACAUGUCUGUUUUAGACUUAACAUUUCUAUACAUUAUGUUACAGCUAGUUAACAUUGUUUUGAUUUUGUAUUCUCUUUUAAUCAGCAUUUCUAUAAAUAUUAAAGAAAAUUAUUACAAC